UGUCUCUGAGUGUAUUUUCCUUGGAUAGGCUCUAAGGAUGCGGAGUAUCUUUGCAAGCUGUGCAGUCGUAGUGCUGCUGCUGGCUGCAGCCUGGGCGGACCACCACGAGCACCAUGACCACCAACACCAUGACCCCCACGUCCACCACCACGGUCCUGAACACAGCCAUGAGGGCGAGAUGAGCUGCCACGAGUUGUCCAAUCCCAACGCUGACUUUGCCUUUGCCCUCUACAAAAACCUGAAUGCCAAGGCUGAGGCUGGAAAGAACAUCUUCUACUCACCACUGGGCAUCUCCACCGCCCUGUCCAUGCUGUCUACAGGGGCUGGAGGUGACACCCACAGCCAGCUGUUCUCCAGUCUGGGCUACGGCGCCUUAAACCAGAGUCAGGUCAAUGAAGCCUUCGAGCAUCUUUUCCACAUGCUUGGCCACAGCCAGGAGAACCAGAAGCUGAAUGUUGGUAACGCUGUUGCAGUGCGCACUGGUUUCAAUCCUCAGCAGCAGUUCCAGAAAGACGUCAAGCACUACUACUCUGGGGACAUCUUCAAUGUCGACUUUACAAAACCUGCUGAAGCUGCAGCUGAGAUCAACACACUCAUUGCUAGUAAAACUCAGGACAAGAUAAAAGACAUGGUGAAGGACUUGGACGCUGCAACGGCCAUGGUGCUGAUCAACUACGUCUACUUCAGAGGACAGUGGGAGAAACCCUUCGACAGUAAGCACACAAAAAAGGCAGACUUCCAUGUGGACGAGAACACCAAAGUCGAGGUGGACAUGAUGUCGAGGACAGGACGCUAUGACUUCUACCAGGACGUCGACAACCACACCACCGUCAUCCUGCUGCCGUACAAAGGAAACUCCUCCAUGAUGGUGGUUCUGCCCGAUAAAGGCAAAAUGAAGGAGGUGGAGGAAUUCAUCAGCAAGGAACACAUCCAUCACUGGCACGACUCACUCCGCAGGAAUAGCGUGGAUCUUCACAUGCCGAAAUUUUCCAUCUCUGCUGAUGCCUCCUUGGAUAGCACACUAAAAGAGCUGGGAGUGACAGACGCAUUUGGAGACAACGCUGAUUUUUCAGGCAUAUCUGACGAGAUCAAGCUCAAGGUGUCAAAGGUGUCUCAUCAGGCUGUGCUCAGUGUGGAUGAAACGGGAACAGAAGCUGCAGCGGCCACCACCGUCGAGAUCAUGCCCAUGAGCAUGCCUGACAUCAUGGAACUCAACAGGCCCUUCAUGAUCUUCAUCCUGAAGCACUCGACCAGGAGCAUCCUCUUCAUGGGCAAAAUCAACAACCCCACAGCCGUGUAGAGACGCCCAGAGAACUCGUGUUGCAUUUUCGCACUGCAGUAGGUUUUGUAACUUCGGGACAUUUUAACCUUGUCAUCCAGAAAUGCCACAAAGGUGUCGUCAUGAUGUUAGGACCACCGGAGAAAUGAUGAAUAAAACAACACAUAUAUCAUCGAGUAACAGCAUCUGGGUUUACGCAUAUCUUAAUACAUCUUUCUAAAUUGUAUCUGACUAUUUUAUAUGAUGCAGUUAAAGAAAAAAACACCAAAAAACACCAGAAAGACAACCUGGUAUUUUACUGUUUCUGCUUCAGUGUGGUUCAACAGGAAGUGAAAUAAAGACUUGUCUUGAACUGA